CCUCGUUGUGCAAAUUAAUUGAGGUGCCUCACAAAUUUUUUUUACGCAAAAUUUUUAGUUUUACACAAUUUUAUUUAAAAAUAUACAUACUGAAUUAAAUUAAAAUAGUGUUUUUCUUAUAUAGUCAUGUUACGAACUAUUGUUCGAAGGGAACUAAUAGAAAAUGGACUUAAACGAUGUAUUAAAGGAAACGCUGUUAAAUGUUUAGGGGUGCAAGGAAUACAGUAUAGAUAUGCUAAAAGAGAUCUGACACAACUGCCUCGGCGAUCUUUGCACAAUCCAAAUGAAUGCAAUAAGAAUCUUGUACGAAAAUAUUCAAAUGGAGCAUUACCUGAACAUUUCAAAGUGCUUUUGCCAGCACUGUCACCCACCAUGGAGAUGGGAACCAUUGUCAGUUGGGAAAAGAAGGAAGGAGAUAAAUUAAAUGAAGGUGACUUACUGGCUGAAAUUGAAACGGACAAAGCGACCAUGGGAUUUGAAACACCAGAAGAAGGAUAUUUAGCAAAAAUUAUAGUUCCAGCAGGAACAAAAGACGUGGCUAUCGGAAAAUUAGUUUGCAUCAUCGUCGACAGUGAAGAUAAAAUUGCCGCAUUCAAGGAUUAUAAAUUAGAUGAGUCAGCUGCUGCUCCACCAAAAGCUGCAGCUCCAGCUCCAGCACCAGCACCGGCUGCUCCAGCGCCAGUAUCUCCACCUCCUGCAGCGCCAGCGCCAGUAGCGCCUGCUGCACCAGCGCCCACUCUCCCACCAGCCACUGGAAUGAAACCAGGCAGAGUAUAUGCCAGUCCUAUGGCCAAGAGAUUAGCUGAGCAGCAGAAUAUCAGAUUGCAAGGAAGCGGUUCUGGAAUGUAUGGGUCAAUAACAUCAAAGGAUUUACCAGGAUUGGCACAACAGUCUGCUGGGGUUGCUGCUCCACCAGCUAGAGCCGGAUCACCAGCUCGGGGCAGGUCCCGCUACCUGGACAUACCAGUUUCCAAUGUCAGAGCGGUUAUUGCCAAACGUUUAUUGCAAUCCAAAACCACAAUUCCUCAUUACUAUUUAACAAUGGAGAUAAAUGCAACAAAAGUUCUAGCCAUAAGGGAAAAAUUGAAUGAACAACUCAAAAAAGAUAAAGUGAGAUUAUCGUUGAACGAUUUUAUGCUCAAAGCCACAGCCAUGGCUUGCAGGGCUGUUCCAGAAGUUAAUAGUUAUUGGAUGGGAGAUACAAUUAGAGAAUUCCAGAAUUGCGAUAUAUCAGUAGCAGUAGCAACAGACAAAGGUCUAUUCACUCCAAUUAUUUUCCAAGCCGAAAAAGGUUUAGUAACAAUUUCACAAGAAUUGAAAGCUUUGGCAAGUAAAGCGAGGGAAGGUAGACUGCAACCUCAUGAGUUCCAAGGAGGUUCCAUAAGUGUAUCUAAUUUAGGAAUGUUUGAUACAACGAAUUUCAGUGCAAUCAUAAAUCCUCCACAAUCUGCAAUAUUAGCUAUUGGCACGACGCAAUCACGUUUGGUGCUAGAUAAAGAAUCAGAAAAAGGUUUCCGUGAAGACACCAUUGUAGAGGUGACUCUGAGCUGCGACCACCGUGUGAUUGAUGGUGCGACGGGGGCCAGGUGGUUGCAGGCCUUCAAACGUAACCUGGAGGACCCCUAUGCGAUGCUUUUGUGAUUGUCACUUGAAAUAA